AUGAUUUCAGUGAUACGAUAUCUCGAUAGAAUGCUGACUGGAUUAUGGUAUCAACAUCAAAGAGAACUAAAUGAACGUGAUGCACGUAUUGCUGAUUUAGAAAUGAUUAUUAAUAAUAACAAACAUGAAAUAAAUGAAUUACGUUCACAAUUAGAUAAAUAUCAAUCUAUAUUUUCAGCCCAUCAAUCUUUCAGUAAAUAUUGUCAUACAGAUAAUGAGCAACGUCGGUCUGGUGUCUCAGCGCCUCCAUCAACACUCUGUGCACUAAUUACAUUGGAAAAGUCCGAUUGGUAA